AUAGCAGGCUGGAAGAGGCGGUGCCAUAUUGGCAAGCACGUUACAUUUUUCUAGAAGUAGCCGGAACUUUCUUUUGAAUCUACCCCCUAAGUGGUGGUGGAAGUUUUUAGCCGUUCAUUCUUCUGGUCGGGUAGCCGGCACCACGCGUGUUCAUCAUGUCUGCAAUCAAAGCACUUAAUCCUAAGGCUGAAGUAGCUCGGGCACAGGCUGCACUAGCGGUCAAUAUCAGUGCAGCUCGGGGACUUCAGGAUGUACUAAGAACCAACCUAGGCCCUAAAGGAACCAUGAAAAUGUUGGUUUCUGGUGCUGGAGAUAUAAAGCUUACCAAAGAUGGUAAUGUAUUGCUUCAAGAAAUGCAAAUCCAGCACCCCACAGCUUCUUUAAUAGCAAAGGUUGCUACAGCACAGGAUGAUAUCACUGGAGAUGGAACAACAUCAAACGUCCUUAUUAUAGGAGAGCUGUUGAAACAGGCUGAUCUUUACAUUUCAGAGGGAUUGCACCCAAGAAUUGUCACUGAAGGAUUUGAAGCUGCAAAGGAAAAAGCGCUCGAGAUUUUGGAAAAAUUAAAAGUUCCCAAGGAGGGGGAUAGAGAAACUCUUCUAAAUGUUGCCAGGACAUCUCUGUGUACAAAGGUUCAUACAGAACUGGCAGAAAUCUUAACAGAGGCUGUGGUAGAUGCAGUUUUGGCAAUCAGAAAGCCAUCUGAACCAGUUGACCUUCAUAUGGUAGAGAUCAUGGAAAUGAAACAUAAAACAGAUUGUGAUACCACUUUGAUUCGAGGCCUAGUUCUGGACCAUGGUGCGCGACAUCCAGAUAUGAAGAAGAGAGUUGAAGAUGCAUUCAUCCUAGUUUGCAAUGUUUCCCUGGAGUACGAAAAAACCGAAGUGAGCUCUGGGUUUUUCUACAAGAGUGCGGAUGAAAGAGAGAAACUGGUUAAAGCGGAGAGAAAAUUCAUAGAAGCCAGAGUAAAGAAAAUUGUUGAGUUAAAGAAGACAGUAUGUGGUGAUACUUCUAAGGGGUUUGUUGUGAUAAAUCAAAAGGGCAUUGAUCCAUUUUCACUGGAUGCACUUGCAAAAGAGGGUAUUGUAGCUCUGCGCAGGGCAAAAAGGAGAAAUAUGGAGAGAUUGACCCUUGCCUGUGGUGGCAUUGCUAUGAACUCUGUAGAUGAUCUCACACCAGAGUGUUUGGGACACGCAGGACUUGUUUAUGAGCACACGCUGGGUGAAGAGAAGUUCACUUUCAUUGAGGAAUGUGAUAACCCACGUUCAGUCACACUGCUUAUCAAGGGGCCAAAUAAACAUACAAUUACACAGAUCAAAGAUGCUGUGAGAGACGGACUGCGUGCGGUCAAAAAUGCUAUAGAAGAUGGCUGUGUUGUUCCAGGUGCUGGCGCAUUUGAAGUUGCAGUUGCAAAUGCCUUAGUUAAGUACAAGCCGAACAUCAAAGGGAAAGCCCAGCUUGGAGUCCAAGCCUUUGCUGAUGCUCUCCUCAUCAUUCCUAAGGUUCUUGCUCAGAAUUCUGGAUACGAUUGUCAAGAGACCCUUGUGAAAGUACAAACAGAAUAUGCAGAUUCAGGACAGCUCGUUGGAGUUGAUUUGAAUACCGGUGAACCCAUUGUGGCAUCAGAAGCUGGAAUUUGGGAUAAUUAUAGUGUUAAGAAACAACUGCUUCACUCGUGCACUGUAAUUGCUAGCAACAUUCUCCUAGUUGAUGAAAUUAUGAGAGCUGGGAUGUCAUCUUUGAAAGAAAAGUGAUGCACUAAAAAGUCUGGAAUUUACAACUUUUGGAAGAUGCAGCUGCAGAGAAACCUGCGGAAAGCGGUAUAUGAGGAUACAAGACCAUGACAUUACGGUUAUUCAGAGAGGAUGCUUUUGUUGGACUAGUGUGGCAGUCUACCCAGAUGCAGUGAACAUGGCUUUCCACCCAACUUAUUUAUUUAAAUUUAUGGCACUGAAUUGUACAAAUUGAUUUCCCACUCUUUGUACCCAUUAAAGUUUGCUCCUGCCUUUA